UAUUAGAUAUAACAACUCACCUGGUGAUAUUCGUGAAAUAAUUGGAGGAAUUGCAGUAUUAUCAUUAUAUACUGACUGUUUUGAGAAAAACCCACUUUAUUUAUCUAAAGAAAAACUAGAUAAUACUGAACCUCUUGAUCAACUCAUAGAAAGAAUACAACAAAUCCCAAACGCUUAUACCUAA